GCUCUUUCCGAUUUGUUGGCACAUCUCCUUAUAUUUUUCCUUGUGUACAUUAAACCAACUUCUUGUGUGUUUUUCGCCAAGUGCAGGAAAAUCUCUCUGGUUUGAUUGGAUUGCAUUCUCUUUCUUAAAAACUUUGAGCCUUGUCUCAUAACCCAUUACGGAUCGAGGUUGCACACUAAUAACGCUGCAGUUAAUAAUAAUAAUAAUAAUAAUAGUAAACAGCAAAAGGGUAGGAAUCCGGAUCUUGAAAUUAUCUGAAAUAUGUGCAAUUUUUGAACCUACAAUGAUUGGCACUGACAAGUGAAAAAUGUUUCGAGAACAUUUACAAGUAGGUAAAGAUUCUUUGCCUAAACGAUCUUACGGGUACUUUUAUAAAUGAAAUAUUGGCAACAUGUGCAGAUUGGACUGCUCAUUUUCAGCUCAAUGAAUUAGAUAAUGUACCCCUGCGUUGUUUAUGUAUGUGCAUACAUAAGCUUUCCUGCUGGAACAUAGAUAUUACUCGUGCUUGCGUACGUACUAUUAUCACUCACCUGUUUCUUUGUGCAUACCUGGAGCGAACUGGGAUUAAUCACAGCUAUAAAUCUUUAAAAUUUUCGUGUCAAACAGCGAUCUGGUUUGAAUAAAAAUUGCUCCGGGUCAUUCUUGGCCGAUCUUCUUGAUCAAAUUUGACAAAGUGUAAUCAAUUGUGGUCAGAAAGGUUUUACGAGGCGCCAUAAAAUGUUUGUGAUGUGUGUCAGUCUUACUUGGUUUGCCGAACGCAGGCAGGUUGUUGCUCAACAAAUUGUUAUUAAUAAGGAGCAACAAGGGGUAAUAACUGGCAGGUGAUUAAAUGUAGUGUAGACUAGUAAAAUAUAGCUAGGAAAAAAUUGGGAACUGCGAGAAGAGAUUUAUUUAUGCCCUGCUCCCAGAUCACUACUACCGAUUAACGACCAGAAAUCCUCAAGAUCACGCAUCGUGUGAUUUUUAACGAGCAGAUAGUUUAAUGGAUACUUUUUUGAAUUAGUGAGACUGAAUUAUUUUGACACGGUCACGUACAAAAAUGGAAGAAUUGACAUAAACAUCAACGUCAAGAUGUUAAUAAAAUUGCAAUUUAAUUAAAUGCUCUAAAUCCAACUCUCCUCCAAUGGAGCGGCAAAGAGUAGCCGAAAAUUGCUUAAAUUGAGAUUUAUGGGGACUAACUAACUCGUUUUUCCACAACAGUAGUACUCCUUGUCAUUAUAAUUUCUGGAAAUUUAUUUACGAGGAAUCCACGGUCAGUGAUACAUAAGGAAUAAAUACUUAGGCAAUCUCACACACAGGUUGUUCACAGAAAAUAACAUAAUUAGACUGAUUUUAAUCAGGUAAACGCCAUUCAGCGUUGGGUCAUCCGUCGCAUGUUAAUUGUCGGGUGCAAAAGUAUGCACAUACGAAUUCGUGCAUGUCAGUGGUCGCACAUAUUUCUAACUUUUAACACGCAACCUGUUGCGCUUUAGGGGUUUCUUCUUCUUCUUGUAGGAUAAGUGUGACCAGAUUUGGUGUAUUAAGAAAACAUGCAAAUUACACAUAGCGUAGUCACAAAUAAAUGGUUAAUAUGCAUUCGUAUUUGUUACAGUGCCAGCCAGUGUUAAGUAUCUGCACAUAUAAUCCAACAUUUCACUUUCAGUCCAAGCUAUACACAAACUUGAAUUAUCAACAGAAAUGAUUUCAAGUUCGAACUGCCAACUUCGCAACGUUCAGCUAAAUAUUAUAGGCGAGGAAGAUUUUUAGAGGUGUUGUUUGCCGAGAGAUUGAAACUGUACAUACAUUUUUAUGUCCAAGUCCCACGUCCAUUUUAUGGGCGAACCUUGAUCCAAAGUCACAUCAAAGAGAAGAGUACAAGACAUUAUUAAAAUAAAAUAACGUAAUCCAUUUCGUAUGCCUCAUUGUGCUCGUCGUUAUUGCUUCCCAUCUACAUAUCGAUCGAGAUAAUUGAUUUGCGACUUUUGAUCACUUUUGAUUUGCCUGGGUGGAUCAUAAGGAAAACUUGUGAUUGAAUUCUCCAUUCGCUGCGUAUUCAUGCAUACAGUCGACAAUUCUUUGGCAGAUAUUAUUUACUACGAUGCACGAGUAAUUAGACAAUGCAAACAAACGAAUUAGUUGGACGUGGUGAGCAGGAACAAAUUAGAUCUCAAUAAUAUAAACCUUUCGCUGAUGAUGAUUUUGGUCAUUGGGAAGCACCACCUCCCGCGUCUAACACAACAAAGAAAGAAAGAGACCAGCAAAAAAUCACCUCGAGAGAUUCUCGCAAUAAUAAAAGUGGACAUUUUUUUUGUCAAACAAUUCUCUUGAUUCAAGAUAAGUGCAACAACUCGUUUAAAACUCUGCAAUUAAGAAAUUGAAUGGAAGAAUAGAAAGAGUAAGGUGGACAUGAUGGCACAAGUGAAAAGUUGGAGGAACAAUGGUUGCAUGUUCAUUGUUUACCCCACUACAUGGUGAAUCGAGUUGAGAAAGAUAAGGAAUUCUGAUAAGUCGUCGUUGUUCCAUUUAAAUCUGCUUGACCGGACGGCAGUGGUCAUUUUUUACACUAAUUGUGCAUUGUUGGACUGGGUUUACAACGGGAGGAGACAUGUUGAAAAUGUUCAAGAGUGAGAGCAUGGACGGGGACCCUGGAGGCGACUCUUUGGGCUUGGGUGAUCUUGGGCGCAACCCAAAAUCUCGACUUUUCCGACGAAGUGUCACCGUCCCGAGUGAAAUGCUAUCGUCCAGCGUGGCCGUUGAUGAUAACAAACUGCUGGAUAUGAUGGCCGAUACGGAGGAGCUGGGGAGUCAAACGGCACUGAAUGGCCAAAACAUGGGCCUCCUUAAUGGCGUCCAGUCAACGGGCAACGUGCAGGUACACAGUACUAGCAAAGCCGCAGCCUUCCAGCGGAUUAACUCCUCACAGUCCCAUGCACAACAAACGGUGAACUCGUCUCGGCGUAUGGUGUCUUCCUCCCUCUCCUCCCACCACCAAACCAACGAAACUUCUCAGCACGUCUCCAAGCAGUCAUCAACUCAACACGUGAAAUCAAACUUGAGCGAAAUGCAGACUCGAAUGUCGCAAAUGAAGGCCUUGAGUAGUCACACCUCGUCCUCCGAGUCGCAAUCCUCAUCCACAAGUUCGUCAAUCAAGAGCGGCCUCUCGCCCCUCAAACUGAUCACAGAUUCGAAAUCGAAGCAUCUGAACGGAGGUGAUACUCCUCUCGACACCGGUGUUGUCCUGGUGACAGAGGUGCCGUUCCCUUCCCCCACGGACAUGCAACUUGCUCCACAUUUGGGGGAAAUGACCAGUAUGUCCAACACCCCUCUGGAGAGCCCAAAUCUAGUCAUGAAUAAUCAUCCAAACUCAUCAACCGUUGGUCCGGAUGGGACACAGAGCUUCCGUUUUGAGCAGAAGAAAGUGGCGUCGUCCUCGUCGACAAAGGUGCGAAGUGGAAACUUUAGUGCGGAACAGAGCUCGGCGAAUGCGGCAGAGGUGAAGAGGGUGCAAACGGGGGAUGUCAAUUAUGAAGAGAAACAGUCCGCGCAGGCCAUGAGACAGAAGGUGGAAAUGGAUGGAGUCACGGCAGAAAAAUCGGCCGCCCUUAAAAAACAGCAAAGGUCCCUUACUCAAGGUGGUGUUACUGAGGAAGAAACCAGAACGGCUGCAGCGGCCGCAAUGAAGUUAUCUACGGACACAUUCACCGCCGAGAAACGAGCAGUGGCUGCGGAGCAAAGGAAACAAACGCUUCUCGCUGGUGAAGGCACAGUUAUCAACUCGGAGAAACGUGUCACGGCUGCGAGUCAGUCGAGGCUAACGUUUAAAAAUCAACUGGCCUUACCCUCAUCCUUUGAAAAUGAACUCAUAUUUGAAGACUUGGACUCUUUAGGUUGGGAAUCGUCUAACACGGACGUCAACAAAGUGACAAGCAAGUAUUCUGAAGAGUUGGAGGGAAUCGUGGAUCAACUACUGACCUCAGAGGAGGAAGCAAACAACUCAGUGAACCAUCUCAACUAUGCGUCAGGGGUAAUGAAAGCCGCCUGGAGCGUUCCGGGUCACGGGAAUCAAGUGGGGGUUGACCUGUGCGACACAUUCCGAAAAGCGGGUGGCCUAGAUCUUGUGAUUUCUAACUUUAACUCCAACCAAAAAGACUUGCGUGUUGCCUCCGCCAAACUCCUAGAGGCUUCACUUACUCCAGACAAUUGUAAUUACGUUGUCGAAAAAGGAUUUGACUGCCUGGACAAAGUCGUCAAAGUCGCAUCAGAGCUCUGCGAAGUUGAAGAAUCUCGAGUAGGGACGGGUCUCCUGCGACAUUUGUUCCGCCACAGUGAAGAAACUUGUAGUGACGUCCUCCGCCUUCAUGGCCUGGAGCGUGUGAUAUCAGAAAGUCGACGUAUGGAUGUCGAGACGUUGCGAAACUGUGCUGCAGCCCUGGUCAAUUUGUCAUUGUACGGCGGCGCUGAAAAUCAAGAGGCCAUGAUAAAAAAGAAAGUCCACAUUUGGCUCUUUCCACUCGCUUUCCACCAAGAUGACGUAAUCAAGUACAACGCUUGUCUGGCCAUUGCGGUCCUCCUGGCAAAUAAGGAAAUCGAAGCUCAGAUCAUCAAGUCGAACACCUUACAACUGGUCGAACCUUUUCUCAUGCAUCACAAUCCUGAAGAGUUUGCCCAAACUAGCCUAGGCGGUCAAGGUCAAAUCGCCCAAUGGCUGAUGAGAUUAGUUCCCGUUCUUUCGUCCCAACGUGAAGAAGCAUGCUCCAUUGCCGCAUUUCACUUUUGUAUGGAAGCCGGCAUCAAGAAACGUGAAGGGACGACACACAUAUUUAAGCAAAUAAAUGUAAUAGAACCACUUAAACGUGCAGCGUCCUCGCCCAACGCCCUCGCAUCCAAGUUUGCAGCUCAAGCGUUGAGAAUAAUUGGAGAGACGGUGCCACAUAAACUGAGCCAACAAGUUCCCCUCUGGUCCAUCGAGGACGUCCGGGAAUGGGUAACCCAGAAGGGUUUCGACAAGAAUGCAGACUCUUUCAUGACCUCCCGAGUGGAUGGUGAUCUCCUGCUACAACUCACGGAAGACAUGCUCAAAACUGACAUUGGCAUGGAAAAUGGUAUUCUACGCAAACGAUUCAUGAGAGACCUUAAACAUCUGAAAAAGAUGACGGACUACUCAAGUUGCGACUCCUCGCUACUUAACGACCUUUUAAAUAACAUCCACCCAGACUUCUGUGCCUAUACUUACACCCUAAUUAAUAACCACGUGGACAAAGACACUUUGCGCAAAUGUAUUUCUGAAGAAGCCCUUGAAGAGUGCGGGAUUACCAACAGUAUUCAUCGCAGAAGGAUUAUGGAAGCAAUCAAAGCCGAGGCAAAUGAAAGCCAGACAUCAGAGGACAAUCCAGAUAAGCCAUUGGACGUGUUUAUAAGCUAUCGACGCUCCAACGGCUCUCAACUUGCCAGUCUUCUCAAAGUUCAUUUGCAACUCCGUGGGUUUUCAGUGUUUAUUGAUGUGGAGAGACUCGAGGCUGGAAAAUUUGACAAUAAUUUGCUCCAAAGCAUUCGACAAGCUCGACAUUUUCUCCUUGUUCUCACGCCAAACGCUCUUGACAGAUGUGUCCAAGACAAUGACUGCAAAGACUGGGUUCAUAGGGAAAUUGUUGCCGCAUUAGAUUCACAGUGUAACAUUAUUCCAAUUAUGGACAAUUUUUUAUGGCCUGAGACUGAAAAUUUGCCAGAAGACAUUCAACCCGUGCUUACUUUCAAUGGUGUCAAGUGGAUACACGACUACCAAGAAGCAUGUGUAGACAAACUGGAGCGAUUUUUGCGUGGGGAGUCCGUGACCGACCCCAUAAUAAAUGCCGCUCGUGACCGGGACCGUGAUCGAGAACAACAGUCAUCCGGCUCUUCCUCCUCCACGACGCGACCUUCUCAACAAUAUCAACGAACCUUGAGUGUUGGGUCAGAAGGAACUCGCACAGAAUCCUGAGAUCCCACCACCACCAUCAUCACCACAAACCACCAACGACCUACCAUUAAUUUACCUGCUUAGUUGUAUGUUUUCUUAAUUUGUAUCAAUUAAAGGAGUUUCGUACAGUGAUGAUAUACAGUUGACCAUGAGGUUAGGACGGAUGAGCGGCAGUGCACAAACGCACUACUUUUUAUUAUGAAAAUCAAUUUUAAAACCCACGUUUGACGCCUACUCAGCACUACCGUUCCUUUCCCUGUUAUAUAAAUUCUUAGUAAUAUGACUUAUUUUAUGGGCUUCACUGCUUUCAUAAAUUUAUGUAAACCUUGUUGCCCUUAUGUAUAAGAGCUGAUAAAAUUGCUGAAUUCGUGUGCCAAUUGCCGUUUUUGUUCUUUAAAAUGUAAGUCUUCUUACAACUAAAUAUCUGCUUAACUUUCGCCGUGUUAAACAGCAGAUACAUUUAUUCAUGAAUUUAAUAUUUUACUUUUAACACGUAUAACACUUAUCCCAUUUGUUAAUUAUUGAAUUUUUUGCUAAUACAUAAUACCCCUACUUACGAACGCUUCUUAUAUAUUGUCGUCUUAGUUUUUAUAAUAGAUCUGUCCUCUGUUGAGUAAAUAUAUCGUAUCGUAUCGUUACUAUUACUUAUGGUGUAAUUUUGUAUCGUAUUAAGAUAACUAUGUUUAUUUAGCUUAUUAAUAUUCUAUACGCCCGAAGAUACAAAAUUACGAAACAUUACGGAAACUUUGCAAUAUUCAAGUUUUAAAUGCUAAAAAUAAUUGCAAUUCGUAUACAUGUGUUAUAUUAUUAAGUAUAUUAUUAUUGUAUACCUCUUCAUUUUGCAAUUGACUAACCCAAGAGCUUAGCCAUGUUUUCAUACUGUAGUUUCAUAAAUAGUUUUAUGUGUGCCAAGUAAUUAUAUAAUUAUGUAGAAGACUAUCUUCUCCCAUUUAUUAUGUUGCUUAUUAAUGUCAUUGUUACUUUAAAGGACAAAACUGAAUUCAAGUUUGCCAAACGUUGCACAUUUUGUCGUAUGCCUGAAUCUUUGAUAAUAUUACCACGCGUUGUCUACUAGUAUCUGUUGUGUGCCUUAAGUUUGACAUAUUUUCUCCAGGUAUUUGCUCUUUUUUUGCAUGUAAACCGAACUUCAUCGGUCUCUAAUUAAUCUUUCUGAAAGGUUACCGUGAUCUGCUUUUUGUUUAGUGAAUAUCCUUUGCAGUUAAAAGAGAGGAUCUUCUUGGUAUCUAUAAAUAUUAUUCGUGUGCCACUUGAAUACGCCGUUAUUUUAAUUUUAAUAAUUAUGAAAAUACUUAGUUUACUUCUUUAGCGUAAUUUCAAGAUCCAAUCGUGUUUGUACAAAUUAGACCUAAAACACUGGUACGACAUACGUAGUGAUUAUCAUGCGAACCUGGUAUGCGUAUGCUAUACAAGUCUUCCCAGCAGUUGACUCAAAUCUUUGACUUUUGAUUGUAACAUAUAUAAAAGUAAAUAUAUAUAGGAGAAAGUAUAACAGUUGUGUACGGAUUUAGGCUAGUGUGACGAUGACGAUAUGCGUAAUAUGUGCUUUAUGAAUUAUUAGGUGCAAUAAUUAACUUGUCACGAUUCUUAUGAAAGUAUAUGAAGAUUUUUUAUGCGUACCGGUGUACAUGUGAUUCUAAUGUCUCAAGUUUUUAUUAAGGGUAUUUGUACUUGCAUUUAAAUUUACUAAUCGUAGCAUGAGGUGCUAAUAAACUUUAAACUUCAAAAGCAA